UCUCCGUAGCGCCCGGUGGAGCCUGGGUGUUCCAGCUUUCCCGGUCCGCUACCCAGCGUCUUCCCCGCCGACAUGUCGGGGUUCAGCCCGGAGCUUAUCGACUACCUGGAAGGCAAAAUCUCCUUCGAAGAGUUCGAAAGGCGGAGAGAAGAGAGAAAAACCCGGGAGAAGAAGAGCCUUCCAGAAAAAGGAAAACCAUCACCCCUAGAAAACCCGGAAGUCCCAUCGUCAUCAGGAAUCGACUCUGCCAAAUCCCAGGACAAAGAUGGCAAUGAAGGAGAAACAUCCGAUGGAGUGAGUAAGUCAGUUCACAAAGUAUUUGCUUCCAUGCUCGGAGAAACUGAAGAUGAUGAAGAAGAAGAGGAAGAAGAAGAGGAGGAGGAGGAAACUCCUGAGCAACCCACCGCAGGCGAUGUGUUUGUGUUGGAGAUGGUUCUCAACCGUGAAACCAAAAAAAUGAUGAAAGAGAAGAGGCCUCGGAGUAAACUUCCCAGAGCCCUGAGAGGCCUCAUGGGUGAAGCCAAUAUUCGCUUUGCUCGAGGAGAACAUGAAGAGGCGAUAUUGAUGUGCAUGGAAAUCAUAAGACAAGCUCCUUUGGCUUAUGAGCCAUUCUCCACGCUUGCCAUGAUAUACGAGGACCAAGGUGACAUGGAGAAAUCGCUACAGUUUGAGUUGAUUGCUGCACAUUUAAACCCCAGUGACACAGAAGAAUGGGUUAGGCUGGCAGAAAUGUCUCUGGAACAAGACAAUAUUAAGCAGGCUAUUUUUUUUUUUUUUAUAGCUCUUAAAUAUGAACCUACUAAUGUCCGUUACCUGUGGGAGAGAUCAAGCCUGUACGAGCAGAUGGGUGAUCAUAAAAUGGCCAUGGAUGGCUAUAGGCGUAUUUUAAAUCUUCUGUCUCCGUCUGACGGAGAACGCUUUAUGCAGCUGGCCAGAGAUAUGGCAAAGAGUUACUAUGAAGCCAACGACAGCACUUCAGCUAUAAACAUCAUUGAAGAAGCGUUCUCAAAACACCAAGGCUUAGUGUCCAUGGAGGAUGUCAACAUAGCAGCUGAACUGUAUAUUUCCAACAAGCAGUAUGACAAGGCUUUGGAGGUAAUUACAGAUUUUUCUGGAAUUAUCCUAGAAAAGGAAACUCUGGAAGAAGGCACCUCAGAAGAGAAUAAAGCUGCUGAGACCGUCACCUGUUCUAUCCCUGAGAGUGUGCCCAUAGACAUCACGGUGAAGCUGAUGGUCUGCCUGGUGCAUCUCAACAUCCUCGAGCCACUCAACCCUCUCUUGACAACACUGGUGGAACAGAAUCCUGAAGAUAUGGGUGAUCUCUAUCUGGAUGUGGCUGAAGCUUUCCUGGAUGUCGGUGAAUAUAAUUCUGCACUUCCCCUGCUCAGUGCGCUGGUUUGCUCUGAAAGAUACAACCUUGCAGUAGUUUGGCUUCGGCAUGCAGAAUGUUUGAAGGCCUUGGGCUACAUGGAGCGCGCUGCCGAGAGCUAUAGCAAAGUGGUGGAUCUCGCCCCGCUGCACCUGGAUGCAAGAAUCUCACUCUCCAUCCUUCAGCAGCAGCUGGGGCGUCCCGAGAAAGCCCUGGAAGCUCUGGAGCCGAUGUAUGACCCAGACACGUUAGCCCAGGAUGCGAAUGCCGCACAGCAGGAGCUGAAGCUGCUGCUUCACCGGUCUACGCUGUUAUUCUCUCAAGGGAAAAUGUACGGUUACCUGGACACCUUACUAACCAUGCUGGCCAUGCUUCUGAAGGUCGCAAUGAAUAGAGCCCAAGUUUGUUUGAUAUCCAGUUCCAAAUCUGGAGAAAGGCAUCUCUACCUUAUUAAAGUGUCAAGAGAUAAAAUAUCAGACAACAAUGAGCAGGAAACAUCAAAUUAUGAUGCAAAAGCAAUAUUUGCUGUGCUCACAAGCGUCUUGCCCAAAGAGGACUGGUGGAACCUUCUCCUGAAGGCCAUCUACACCCUGAGUGACCUGUCCCGGUUCCGGGAAGCCGAGCUGCUCGUGGACACCUCGCUGGAGUACUACUCCUUCUAUGACGACAGGCAGAAGCGGAAGGAGCUGGAGUACUUCGGCCUGUCUGCUGCUGUUCUCGACAAAAACUUCAGAAAGGCAUAUGACUAUAUCAGGGUAAUGGUAAUGGAAAAUGUCAAUAAGCCCCAGCUGUGGAAUAUUUUCAAUCAAGUCACCAUGCACUCCCAAGAUGUAAGACAUCAUCGCUUCUGCCUCCGUCUAAUGCUGAAGAACCCAGAAAAUCAUGCUCUGUGCGUUUUAAAUGGACACAAUGCAUUUGUAUCUGGGAGCUUCAAACACGCACUUGGGCAGUACGUGCAAAGCCUUCCGUGCCUGCCCCAGUGAGCCUCUGUACAACCUCUGCAAUCGGCCUCACCUUCAUUCCAUUGGCGUCUCAUGAAGUAUGUGCUCAAGAGACACGCUCUGACUGUGCAGGUAACUCAGUAGACUUCCGAACGUGAACGCGUGUGUGUAAUGCCUUUCGAAAAACCCGAUUUCAAAAGUAAUGCCUGCUUGAUAAGUGUUGGGAACGCUCAGCACUGAUUCCUGGUGCCCCAGACUCAUGGGACUUAGCAUAAAUGUCACACUGAAGACGAAGGCUGAUUUCCAGCAGGUGGUGAGCAUGCGCAGUAAGGAUCGCAGCAGCUGUAGGAGAAUCUGCAGGAUUUUGAAGAUUAGUCCUUUUAUGCUCUUCUGAGGCUCCUAAGGUCCCAAGGACUCAUUAAUUAGUUUUGGUGUGCCUACUCACGUCUGUGCAGGUGAAGCCACACACAUGGGGGAGGGGGUGUAGGAGCCAGUGGUUAAAUCGGAGAUCUUACAGUCUUUCACCUUCCUCUCCACAAUGUUCCCUGCGCCUUGGUAGUGGUUUUAUAGAUGUUUUCACUGGACUGGGCUCCACUCUUGCAUUUUAAUUGGUGGAGGUUUCUCUUAGUGGUCUCUGUUGCAAAAAAAAAUGCUCCUUGACAAAGUGGGGAAGGACUCCUCAUCUGUGUGUAAGAACAUCUGUGUGUUGUUAGCAGUCAUGCUGGCUUUUAGUAAAGGAGUGGUUGUAGAGUCUCCUCUAUAGUCAUGGCUUUACUAGCAUGAGUAGCUGGCUAGGUUUCCUCUUGUCAGGUGGAUCUUAAGUACAGGUAGAGAGCGGGGGUGACCACCAAGGUGUGCCCCUUUAGGGGUUCUCAGCCAUGGUGGACACUGAUUCGUAGUAUCAUAGCUGUAGGAAUAUUGUGGUGGUUGCCUCCCUUUGGAAGCUUGCAUGGUGCCUUCUUCUGGUCGCAUGAAACCCAGUCCUCAGGGAGGGGACACUCAGGUCUAUUCCAGCUCAGGGGAUGUCUGGGGCCUGUUUCUCAAGUACAUGGUGUCUUCACCAGUAGGGACUGUCCUUCCAUUUUGGGGUCAAACUGCGGGCAGCAGCAAUAGGCUGUGUGCUUUGGGAAUCUCUUGAGCAGUCUAGGCCGACAGCUCAAAAGAGGAUUUCUUAUCUGAUAUUGGGGGUUUUUAGUCUUGGGGCUCUUUGAGGACAGACCAGAUAAAUCCAUUAAAUUAUAUAUAGAGAGAAUUACAUGCAUUACAGUUGUUUAAAAAGGCAGGUAAGUAGUGUGCUUUCUUGGGCUCUUUCAGACAUUCUUUCCUUUCUUCCACUUCUUUCUGUACUUCCCCUCUCAGCCCUAGAGCCCCGUUAUUCCAUCACCCCCCCCUCAGUUUACUGGUGCCCUGCUGUCCUCCUACCCUCUUCCCUCCUGUAUCUCUCUGGUCAGAUCCCUGUGCCCUGCUGUUAUCCCUCAUCUAGCAGUGGUCCCAUUUUAUUUUCCAAUUUCUGUACUUACUCCAGGCCCUGUGCUCAUUUCUGAGGAUAUGGAGUUAGGAGCCUCCGGUACGAGAGAACAUGCAACGUUGUAUUUGGGUCUGGGUUACCUCACUCAGUAAGAUAUUUUCUGGGGUCCAUACAUUGACCUGCAAGGUCCUGGUUCCAUUUUCUUUACAAGCCGAAUAGCAUUCUGUUCGUGUGUAUGUAUCACGUUUCUUUAUCCAUUUGGUCGUGUAGGGCAUGUAGGUUGUGGCCCAUUCCCUAGCUUUUCUGAGCAGCAGUGAUCUGUGGCGUAGUCGCUAAGCGCACAUGGGAGGUUUAUUUUUAGCUUGAAUUUAUCUACACACUGAUUUCUAUAGUGGACGUGCAAGUUUCCAGUCCUACCAGUAGUGAAUGGAGGGUCUUUUUUCUUGGCAUCCUCAUCAUUUUUGUCAGUUCCAUUGAUCUUUGCCAUUUCGACAAGGGUAAGAUGGGUUGUCUCUUGGCCAUUCUUUUCCUUUGAGAACUCUCUGUUCAAGUCCUAGACUCAGGUUUUGAAUGGGUGAGUGUGUCUUUGACUUUUUUUGUAUAUUCUAAAUGUUAAUCUCUGUCAGAUGUACAGCUAUGCAGAGGCUUUCAGUUUUAUGAAGUCCCCCUUGUCUGCAGCAACGAUUCCCUGCGUCACGGCACGUGGGUGUGUAUAACCAGACUCUGACAUGCCUGACUUCUUCAGUGUGCUGCACUUGGGUGGGUAGCGUUUCUAAGGUGAACAUGCUCAACCAUCCUUUGUCUUUUCGGUAGGGGCUUUUCCUUCCUUAAUCGAUACCUCAGCAUACGUGGGCCUUGCCAGGAAUCCUUCUACAGUUGGGCCGUGGCCUCCUCACUGGGACUGACUCACCUUGCAAUCCACUUUACCAGAAGGCUCUGGCACCUGCUCCCUCCGCUCGUGUAGAGGUAACGUGCACACGGCUUCCUUUCAUCUGUGGAGAAGCACACUCUGCUCUGUAGUCCGAGGGUGUAGACAUAGUGUAUAUUGUAAAAAUUUAUGUUUGGGGGUCAGGUGGUAGUGAUACAUAUCAACAGUCUCUUGGGAAACCAAAGCGAGAUCUCAAGCCAAAGGCCAUCUCGGGCCACAUAAAGAUCUUGUCUC